UAUAAGGAGCUCAGCAUUACCAAUCUCUUGAUAUUUAAGAAUCAACAAGUUGCAUUUAUAUUGUUAAAUGUGUUGUGUAUUCAUCAAGAAGUAGUGUUGAUCAUGUCAAGAAUCCGGUGGAUAUUUGUAGUGCUGUUGCUAUGUCUAGUGAUCCCCUCCGGCAUGAUUGGCAUAUACAUCCACGGCCAAAAGCUAACCUACUUCGUCCGGCCAUUGUGGGACUCCCCUCCCAAGCCCUUCACAACCCUAACUCACUACUACACCGACAACGUCUCCAUGGAGACUCUAUGCAAGCUCCACGGCUGGGGCAUCCGGGACUUCCCUAGGCGCGUAUACGAUGCUGUCCUCUUCAGCAACGAGGUCGACAUGCUCAUGAUCCGAUGGAAGGAGUUGCAUCCGUAUGUGUCACAAUUCGUCCUGCUCGAGUCCAACUCCACCUUCACAGCCCUCCCCAAGCCCCUCAACUUCGCCUUGAACCGGGACAAGUUCAAAUUUGUUGAGCCCCGGCUCAACUACAACAUGAUUGGGGGAAGGUUCAUGAGAGGCGAGAACCCCUUCGUUGAGGAGGCGUACCAAAGGCUGGCGCUCGACCAGCUCCUGAGGCUCGCGGGGAUAGGAGAUGACGACCUCCUCAUCAUGUCGGACGUUGAUGAGAUUCCGAGCAGGCACACCAUUGAUCUACUGAGAUGGUGUGAUGACAUUCCUCAAGUUCUCCACCUCCAGUUGAAAAACUAUGUCUAUUCAUAUGAAUUUUUGUAUGAUCUCCGGAGCUGGAGGGCCUCGGUGCAUAGGUACCGGAGGGGGGAGACGAGGUAUGCUCAUUACCGCCAGGCGGACCUCCUCCUGGCGGACGCUGGGUGGCACUGCAGCUUCUGCUUUCGUUACAUAAGCGAUUUCGUGUUCAAGAUGAAGGCUUAUAGCCACACGGAUCGAGUGAGAUUUUCGCACUACCUCAGCCAUAAAAGGAUUCAGGAACUGAUAUGCAAAGGGGCUGAUUUGUAUGAUAUGCUACCGGAGGAGUACACGUUUAGGGAGAUCAUCGGGAAGAUGGGCCCGAUUCCUCACUCACACUCGGCCGUUCAUCUGCCCACUUUCCUUCUCGAGAAUGCGGAGGAGUACAAGUACCUCUUGCCCGGGAACUGUGUAAGGGAGAGUGGUUGAGGGUAGAUGAUAGGACCCUCGAGCUAGAAAUCUCGCCCAAGAUAGUCUCCAACAUAUCUUCUUAAUUUUGUUUAAGUUAGCAUAUAGGAGUAUUUAAUUUAGUUAACUAUUUUUUAUGCAAUCUUUAUCUUCAUUGAGUCUAGUUAUUAUGUAUGAAUUGGAAGUUAGAAAUGCCUCCUUGAGUUUAGUUUUUUCGCUUUCUUCUCAGUUUUGAAGGCGUCUAACAAUUGGUGCUUUCA